UGAAUGCCAGAUGGCGACUGUUUUCUCAACCCCCAUAUAGAAUCAGGAAGUGUUCGGCAUAGUAAAUUCCGACACUACGGUCGACUUCUUAGUUCGGUCUCCUGGAGCAUAAGAAUAAGAAGAAGAAGAAGAAGAAGCAGCGGCGGCGGCGGCAGGAGGAGGAGGGAACUAUUUCUGAAAAUGGCUUCGCUAGUCUACUACAUGGCCUUCCUCACCGUCCUUAAUUUUGCUAGAUCAGAUGAUUCAACCGACCAGCUUCUUAAAGGCCUCAACGCCUACCGAACAUCCCUCAAACUAUCACCUUUAACAGAGAAUGAAAAUGCUGAGUGUUUGGCAGAACAAAUUGCCAAACAAUUUGAAGACCAGCCCUGCUCCAACACUACCGGAGCCAACACAGUCCCUGGAACUGAAGAACAGUUUCCAAACUUUCCAGACUUUCUAACCAAAUGCCAUCUCAAUGCAACAGUAACUCAGGACGCUUCUAUAAUGCCUGUUUGUGUUCCUGACCUCCGGUCAGACCUCGUCCUUUCCAACUAUACAAAAACACAGUACUCCGGCAGUCUAAACGAUAGCAAAUUCACUGGUGCUGGGCUUGCCGACGAAGGUGAUUGGGUUGUCGUGGUUCUGAGCACGAAUACCUCGACCGGGAAUUUUUCACCCGCAACAGGUUCUGAUUCUGGCUCUGGCUCUAGCUCUGUUCAUGCUUGUGCUCUUUCCUUCUAUUUGACAGUUUUGUUUUUGGAAUUAUUGGUUUUAAUGAAAUAAUGGAGAUUUACAUUCAUACCACACAAUUCUAAUUUAUAUGCACAUCUAACUCCUAAAGUUUGGUAUUUAAACUUAUAACAUUUUGGUAUCAUAGUCCCAUGCAUGAAAAAUGUGCUUCACUUUUCAAAAGCUAAUAAUGGUGAUUUUUUUAUGUGAUGUUGAAGCUUUGAGUGUUAGAAAUGUGAAUAUGAAAGUAUAGGUGUUAGAUAUGUAAAUACACAAGUUUUGUGUGGUAUGUAUGCAAAUGAUAUUCAACAAUAAUGAAACAGAUCUUGUGUUUUCUUGUUAUUCCUUACAUUGCAUUACAGGAACAAGAACAAUAAUAUUUGUUUUGCAUUUUCAUG